AUGAAAUUUAUCGACGAGUUGGACAUAGAGAGAGUAAACCAAACCCUUAAUUUCGAAACCAACGACUGCAAAAUCGUCGGCAGUUGCGAUAUUUUCACAACAAAGGCGGUUGCAUCAGAUAGAAAGUUGUACAAAACUAUCGAUCAGCAUUUGGAUACUAUUCUACAGGAGAAUGAAAACUACAAUGCUGCCAUUCAGCAGCAGCAGCAACUAGCGACUCCGGAAACCAACCAAUCACCUUGUUCGUCUCCUUUUUAUUCUAAUAGGAGAGACAGUAACUCUUUCUGGGAACAAAAGAGAAGAAUAUCUUUUAGUGAGCACAAUAGUAAUACGAACAACAGCAAUAACAAUAGUGGUAAUGGCAAUAACUAUCCUGGAGCUAAUAGUACUUGUCCAGCAACUUUUUCCAAAAGUGUCAAGCUAAAUGAUCAAAAUUUGAAAGAAUUAGUAUCAAAUUACGAUUCUGGCUCUAUGAGCUCAUCUUCUCUUGACUCAUCUUGCAAAAAUGAUGAAAAAAUUAGAAGAAGAAGCAGUAGCAGUAUUAGCAGUUUCAAAAGCGGUAAGUCGUCGAAUAAUAACUAUACUUCCGGUGCGACAACCAAUAAUGUUAGCAAAAGAAGAAAAUCUUCAAUAAACGAGCGACCAACCAAUUUAAAUCUGGGUCCAUUUGGUCCUAUAAAUGAACCAUCAACCAGAAAAAUAUUCGCCUACCUGAUUGCUAUUCUUAACGCUUCCUAUCCCGAUCAUGAUUUUUCGUCGGUAGAGCCUACCGAUUUUGUCAAAACAUCAUUGAAAUCUUUUAUUUCCAAAUUUGAAAACACUUUAUAUUCUCUUGGUAGACAGCCAGAAGAAUGGAUUUGGGAAGUAAUCAAUUCACACAUGACUCUAUCUGACUGCGUUCUCUUCCAAUAUUCCCCCUCAAGCUCAUUUUUGGAAGAUGAACCAGGUUAUCUUUGGAAUCUCAUAGGUUUUCUUUAUAACAGAAAAAGAAAAAGAGUGGCUUACCUUUAUUUGAUUUGCUCGCGUCUAAAUUCAAAUACAAGUGAAGUAGAAGACACGUUGGCAAAGAGGCCUCGGGGAAAGCUCACAAUAGAUGAUGGUUUAAAUGAAUAUGAAGGAGAAUACGAUUUUACUUAUGAUGAAAACGUAAUAGAUGACAAGUCAGAUCAUGAAGGGCCCCUACAAUAG